AAUCACCACGCCCAAAUAAAACGCUAGAUAAAAUCUUGAUGUUAGUGCGAUUUUCGAAUUUCGAGAAGGCAUUCUGGAGAACUCGUCCACUUGAAGUUCUCCUUCUUCCCGCCGUAUCUUGGGCCAAAAUACCAAACUAUACUUUCACCCUCAAUCUGAAUGUGGAUACUAAAUGUCUAUCAAUUUCUCGCAGUCAGACUCAACGUUGGAUCCACUUGCAUCCUCCACGUCGGAGUCACUGGAUGCACUCAUGAUCAUGGCUACGGAACAAGCU